AUGGCUGCUGUGGAGCUAGCUCAGGAGGUGGCUGUGUACUUCACCAGGGAAGAGUGGGCUCUGCUGGAUCCUGCUCAGAGAGACCUCUACUGGGAUGUCAUGCAGGAGAACUAUGAGAUGGUGACCCACGCUAGGAAUCGGUUCCAAGGGUUACCAGUUUCCAAACCUGAGGUGUUGUCCCAGCUGGAACGAGGGGAAGAGCUGUGGGUCUCAGAUCUCCAGGGCUCUGAGGAAAGCAAGCUUCUGAGACGAACCUGCACAGGUUUCUCUCUCUAUGUCUCAGGAGAUGGUGGGAUGGUGAGUGAGAACGGGGAGCAGAAUACAAAGCAGGAAGAUGCUGAGCAUGUGGAACCACAUUGGGAAUUAUCGAAAGGGGACAUGUCCAGGAGUCAUGAGAAGAGGCAGCAGGGAAACCAACCAGGAGAGGAAAAUGAGAAAUCUAUCAAUUGUGAGGAAAAUCACAAGGACCUCCAGGAAACCACAGCCCAGCAGAGAAUCCUCAUGGGAAAGAGGAAACACGUGUGCCCUGAGUGCGGGAGGAACUUCAGUAGACGCUCACACCUCAUUCACCAUGAGCGAAUCCACACGGGAGAGAGACCCUAUGAAUGCUGGUUACCAGUUUCCAAAUCUGAGGUGAUGUCCCAGCUGGAACGAGGGGAAGAGCUGUGGGUCUCAGAUCUCCAGGGCUCUGAGGAAAGCGAGAUCCUGAGAGGAACCUUCUCAGGAGAUGGUGGGAUGGUGAAUGAGAACAGGGAGCAGAAUCCAAAGCAGGAAGAUGCUGAGCAUGUGGAACCUCACUGGGAAGUAUCACAAAGAACGAAAGGGGACAUGUCCAGGAGACAUGAGGAGAGGCAGCCAGGAGAGAAAAUGGGAAAAUCCAUCAAUUGUGAGGAAAAUCACAAGGACCUCCAGGAAACCACAGCCCAGCAGAGAAUCCUCAUGGGAUUGAGGAAAUAUAUAUGCCCUGAGUGCGGGAGAAACUUCAGUAGACGCUCACACCUCAUUCACCAUGAGCGAAUCCACACGGGAGAGAGACCCUAUGAAUGCUGUGAGUGUGGGAAAAACUUCACUCGGCGCUCAGACCUUAUUAGACACCAGAAAACCCACACAGACGAGAGCCCUUAUGAAUGUUGUGAGUGCGGGAAAAGCUUCAUUUACUGCUCAGACCUGAGAAGACAUCAGAGGAUCCACAGGAGACAGAGACCCUAUGAAUGCUGGUUACCAGUUUCCAAACCUGAAGUGAUGUCCAAGCUGGAACGAGGGGAAAAGCUGUGGGUCUCAGAUCUCCAGGGCUCUGAGGAAAGCGAGAUCCUGAGAGGCACCUGUCCUGGAGAUGGUGGGAUGGUGAGUGAGAACGGGGAGCAGAAUCCAAAGCAGGAAGAUGCUGAACACGUGGAACCGUGCUGGGAAGUAUCACAAAAGAUGAAAGAGGACGUGUCCAGGAGUCCUGAGAAGAGGCAGCAGGGAAACCAACCAGAAGAGAAAAUGGACAAAUCCAUCAAUUGCGAGGAAAAUCACAAGGACCUCCAGGAAACCACAGCCCAGCAGAGAAUCCUCAUGGGAGAGAGGAAACACAUAUGCCCUGAGUGCGGGAGAAACUUCAGUAGACGCUCACACCUCAUUCACCAUGAGCGAAUCCACACGGGAGAAAGACCCUAUGAAUGCUGUGAGUGUGGGAAAAACUUCAUUCGGCGCUCAGACCUUAUUAGACACCAGAAAACCCACACAUGCGAAAGCCCUUAUGAAUGUUGUGAGUGUGGGAAGAACUUUAUUUACUGCUCAGAUCUGAGGAGACAUCAGAAGAUCCAAACAGGACAGAGACCCUAUGAAUGCUGGUUACCAGUUUCCAAACCUGAUGUUAUGGCCCAGCUGGAACGAGGGGAAGAGCUGUGGGUCUCAGAUCUCCAGGGCUCUGAGGAAAGCGAAAUCCUGAGAGGAACCUUCCCAGGAGAUGGUGGGAUGGUGAGUGAGAACAGGGAGCGGAAUCCACAGCAGGAAGAUGCUGAGCAUGUGGAAUCACAGCAGGAAUUAUCACAAAGAACAAAAGGGGACAUGUCCAGGAGACAUGAGGAGAGGCAGCCAGGAGAGAAAAUGGGAAAAUCCAUCAAUUGUGAGGAAAAUCACACGGACCUCCAGGAGACCACAGCCCAACAGAGAAUCCUCAUGGGAGAGAGGAAACACAUAUGCCCUGAGUGUGGGAAAAACUUCAGAAGUCGCUCUCACCUUAUUAACCAUGAGCGAAUCCACACGGGAGAGAGACCCUAUAAAUGCUGUGAGUGUGGGAAAAACUUCAUUCGACGCUCACACCUUAUUAGACACCAGAGGAUCCACACUGGUGAGCGACCCUAUGAAUGUUUUGAGUGCGGGAAAACCUUCAUUUACUGCUCAGACCUUAGGAGACAUCAGAGGAUCCACACAGGACAGAGACCUUAUGCAUGCUGUGAGUGCGGGAAAAGCUUCCAUCAGGGGUCACACCUUAUUUAUCAUCAGAGAAUCCACCAGGGAGAUAAACACCAUAAAAUCCUUGUCUAGGGCUGGCAAAACGUACCUUUUUUCUUUAAUAUUUUUGGUAGUUCCCGCACGUGGCCUUUAAGGCUGUUAGUGCCAUUUACGUCAUUGUGGUCUCAGCUCCACCAGGUGAGUUGUGCGGUUUUGCUUUUUGCAGCUACCCCUUUUGGGGUGACUCCCCAAGGACCCUUUCUGCCAGCUGCUUUGUUCUGAGUCGUGGGAGUAUGAAUCCAUCUUACUAGGAAUGCGCAUCAGGCCCAGGGGAGGGAAACACAAAAGACCUCAGUUAGCUGCAUUAUGUUAAAAUCUACCUUGGCCUUGUCUCCAUUAGGACUUUUUGUAGUUAGCCAGCAUGAGUGAGCUAUCCAGAUGGAAAAUCACAACUCUGUUUUCUGUACUGACUUGGCCCAUGUACAAUAGUGUGGGUUAGCUCGCACUUUCCCCCUCAACCUGUCCUAAUCUCCUUUACUUUUUCUAGUCUAGAGAAACCAUUAUCAUGAUGGUAAAACUUUUGUAAAAUAACACAACUCAGCAAUAAGACAGUGCUUAGUGAAUCAGGUGUCAGUGGGUCAGAGAAGAAUGCAACAGGAAAAUCUGUGGGUCUCAUUCUGAGUCAUCAGAUGUAACCUGCUGUAGAAUCUCAUUCCAUCUGAAACUGAAAAUGUCUUAUACCUCUGUGAGCAGGGUCAGAUUUCCAACUACGCACAGUGGGCAGGUUGCCAAGUAUGUGAUUUUCUAGCCCAAAUGGGCUAUUUUUAGCUGUCAGUUGCCAGGGUUUUUAGCAGUUGCAAGUUGCAGUAUUUUGGGUUAUUUUGCUGCCCUGCUGCCACUGGCUACACUGCUCAGGAGGGAGGGAGCCUCCUGAUCCAUCCCGUCCUUUGCCGAGAUGCCCCACACACUGCUUGUCUCACAUCGUGCCACCUCCCCUUGGGUGACAUUUGGAGCAUGUGCAGAAUUAUUUUCCGAGGGAGGCAGAAUUUUUUUUCUGCAAAAAUGUGUUGCAGUUCUGUCUUUCGCCCACCAGGGGCCACUGUGGUGCCAGAACAGCCUGAGCUGGCUGAGGCUGGCUGGUCUGGCAGGCGGGUGGCAGGGGUAUUUCUUCCUCAAGUGAAAAGUUACAGCAGCCUUCUUGGAACCAGUUUAGGAGGCAGAGCUGGCCACACAGGGCUACUGGGGGGGAGGUCACAGGACCACAGGGGGCUGCUUAAAAUGCUGUCCCUAGGGGCACAAAAAGUGUAAAUCUGGCCCUGAUUUUUCUCUUUCCUGAAGGCGGUUUGGUCACACAACUGGAUAUUGCUUUUCUGUGGCAGAAUGUAGUUCAGAUUUAUUGGGGACUUUGAGUCAAAUGACCAGUUGCUUCAAUAGUCAUUUCUUCCUUUAUUUUUCCUCCACCCUUCCAUGAUGACAUGGGAAAAUUCAAACGCAGCUCAGUCAACAGGAUAGAAUAUUCCCAGUUCUGGGAUAUGCUACCAAGGAAACAGGAGUGGUUUGAAAUCUCCAGUGGUGAACAACAGCAGACCCCAAACUCUGCAACUAACUGAAGUAACUGGGUAUAAUCACAGUGUUGUUCAAUUAUUUAAGUCAGUAUUAUCUCAGAUAAUGCAGGGAGAGAGUGCCACAGUAAGUGACUUGGAACUAGGUAAAAUGCCCAUGUAUUUGGUUCCCAACACAGUUGUAACCCAGUCCUUACAGGAAGGUACCCCUGAAGAUAUCUCCUAGCUAAUCCUAAUAUUUGGGAAAUACUGUCUUUAGCUAUGCAGAUGUGGAGGAAAUAGAAUUGACGUUUUUGUUUAAUUCACCCUUUGAAAUGCUGCAAAUAUGUAUAAAAGUUGAAUGUGAGACAGCUGAAGAAAAAUAACUCUUUUUGAAUAGAAA